UUCCUCAAAUUUCUCUAAAUGUUUGUUUAAUGUAAGCAUUUGAGUCAAGGACAUGUGCUUCCUCUGUAUUCACAUCUACAUGUAUCGAGAUUCGUAAAUUGGAUUAACUGGAUAUUCGAUUCUUCCACUUUUCCAAGCCACCACGUCUUGGGCAUCGAUACUCGGCAAAGAGAUUUUUAUGCUAAAGUCUUCCUCUUCAAGCCUUUCUACAUGAGUAUCGAUUCCAAGGAGCUGCAGCUGAUGUAUGAGCUUGUGGAGGAAGGUCUCGACUCGAGGAUGAACGUCACGUACAAGUGUCCCAGUCUGGACGCCAAUUCACUGGAAAAGUACUUGUCGUCAAAGUUUCCGGACCGCCCUGUGAACGCCCUCAUUAUCAUGCUGGCCUCUUUCAGCGCCCUGGGGCUGAUCGGGAACUCCCUGGUCCUCUACGUCUACGUCCGGAAACGAAACAAGCUUUCCUCCACCGUUUUUAUCAUCGCCCUGGCCGCCACGGACUUGGUGACCUCUGUGGUCAGCAUGCCCUACACCAUGGUCCUGGAGGGUCUCAACUACCACAUCACCUACGACUUCACCUGUAAGCUCUACUACUUCUUCAUCACCUGCACCGUCCCGUUUUCCGUGUUUAUCAUGGUCGCCAUCGCCGCGGACCGCUACAUCUGCAUCUGCCGGCCUCACUCUCACGUGCUGGACUCCAAGCGGGCGAGAAACUCGGUGCUGGUGCUUCUGCUUCUCGCUAUACUCAUCGGCAUUGUGCCAGCAAUGUUCCACGGGGUGUACAUCGACUCAAAUACGCUGAAGAAGAAGGAGAUCGGGUUCCAGCCGAUCGAGAACGAGGUCAGACAAGACUUUGAGAACAUAACGGAAAUCUUGAACGAGCUGCACGGCAGCAGCUGCCACGAAUGCGUCAACAACUCGGCCACCAACGACGACUACGCUACCCAGCUAGUCAAGCUGGUGGUUGAGCUGUAUAAAAAAGUCUGCACCCGAGCCAACCCAGCGAACGAAUCGUAUAUUUACACCGGACAGUGUCUGCCCAAUCAGAUCAUCUUCUCCGAACGCUUCCGGUUCAGCUACCAGACGGUCUACUCUUCAAGUUUUCUCGUCUGUUUCUCCGUCGUUUUCGUCCUCUACAUCCUCAUCUACAAGUCCGUUCUGGUCAGACGCGCCAGGAGAUACGCCUCCAGGUCCAAAUCUUUGAUCAACCACACCCAGGAUUUCUCGCUGACUGAAAACCAGAGCAUGCUGAACGAGUCCCCGGACAAAAGCAUCGCCCUGGCCGAAAUCUCCAACGGGAACCACGACGGCUCGACCCACAGAACGCGGCCCGCGCUGCCCCAAAACCAGUCCCUCCUCAAAGAGCAAAAGUCUCUUCAGAAACAGAUGAGCGAGGGGGGCUCCCAGAAAAACAGCGCCCCGAACAACGGCUGCCUGAGGGACAAGUACUUCCUGGCUAACAUUCGGACAGCGGUCAUGCUGUUUGUCGUGACCAUAUUUUUCAUCAUAGCCUACCUCCCGUCAUGGUUGAUCGCUUACAAGGUGAUCCCCUUCAACGUAAUAGUCUUCUACGUCUACUUCAGCAACCACAGCGUCAACCCGAUCAUCUACGCCUUCAUGAACCCCGCGUUUCGGCGGUCCCUUAAGGCCUUGAUAUGCCGCCAGCCUGUACGGAGUUUAUAAACUCGUAGAAAAAGUUUCAAACUAUAAGCUGUGGACCAAUAACAUAUCACGUGACAAUGGUUUCACAAACAGAAUGGACUGUGUUCAGAGUUUUAUUACGAAAUUAUUUCGUUAAUGUACUAGAUUCAACGUAUAAACUUGUAUGUUUUUAAGGAAGAAUGAGAUUACGGAAGUAUCAAUCUAUUGGACAUUUUCGUAAAUAGCAACCCCUUUUUUUAGGUGCAUCCAGUGUAAUGAAUAGGGAAGCAUUUAUAGGCCGAAGCUAAGUAUUUUAAUGAACUAUACAUAUUAAACUUAUUAACACAUAAUAAAAGUUAUAAUAAUUUUUUUUUUGCACUUCUCAGCACUAUAGCACUAAGUAAUGUUUAUCAUUAUUUUAGCACAAAUCUUUCUUCUUCUUCUUCACUCUCAUUGACAUUUCGGAGGGUUCAGACGAUGAACUGCGUAGUGAUUUCCAGAUCUGGCAGCUCUCCAUAUAGUUUUUGUUCUUCAGAGGGGUUUCGGGGGCCGGAGUCUUGACCUGUCAUCUCGAUGGAGUAUGUAGCUUUGAAGGAUAGUCAUCAUUCCAUAUGACAUUCUUGGUAUUAAAAAAAAAAGUUAAGUUCCCCCUUUCAGACUUUGCGAUCUAUGGGGAAGAUGAUGUAUAGGUCAACUGUUUCUGUUAACGAGGGUUUCAUGUGGCCAGCACAACGACCAACUGCCAAUACUUUUUCUCCAACUAAUAUCAGGUACCAAAUAGAGCUGGGUGGACUCAGAGGCGCCCUAGGGAUUCCUAAAGGAAAAAAAAUCGCGGUCUUCACCAGGAUUCGAACCUUGCAACCCUCGGUUCUGAAGCGAAGUGCUUUACCACUUAUCCACCGCGUCUCUUUCUUCUUCUUGGUAUUAUUGGCCUACUAUUUACAUCAAAACCUCUCUUAAAAUUCCAUUUUUCCGUUUUCU